AUCGACAAGCUGCUUCUCUUUCUCUUGCCUUGUCCUGGCCGUUGCCAGCUGGGAAUCCAGAUUCCCCUCACCCUUGAGCUCUGUACUUGCCAGGCCGAAGGGUCUGUUAAAGGGUGAGGGGUCAAAGGAAAAGCACUUUGUACAUGGAUAGCUGGUCCUUGAGGCAGGGACUGUGGCUCUUCAUUUGACUGCCCAGCAGGGAGCAUGCCAUUGCUGUGCCUAAACAAGAGACUCGCAGGCUGGAAUUGCUCUUUGGCUUGUCUACAUUUGAAAGCAGGAGACCCAGCAAAAAAGGCAGCAGGAUCCAGGGCUGUAGAGCGGCUGCCGCUAGCCCUCAGCGGCCUUCUGCCCUUUGAAGCCCUUCCAACAUGUUUAACUUGAAGAAAAAGGACAAAGACAAAGAUGGGUUGAGGAAGGACAAGAAGGACAAGAAGGAGAAAAAGGAGCGGAUGUCUGCAGCCGAGCUCAAGAGCCUGGAGGAGAUGAGCCUGCGCAGGGGCUUCUUCAACCUCAGCCGCACCUCCAAGAGAGAGUCCAAGUCCCGGCUGGAGAUCUCCAACCCCAUUCCCAUCAAGGUGGCCAGUGGCUCAGACCUGCACCUCACUGACAUAGACUCAGACAGCAACCGAGGCAGCGUGAUCCUGGACUCGGGCCAUCUCAGCACAGCCAGCUCCAGUGAUGACCUCAAGGUGGACGACACCAACUUCAAGGGCUCAGUCCUGCAGCGGGCGGCCAAGUUCGGCUCCCUGGCCAAACAGAACUCCCAAAUGAUUGUCAAGAGGUUCUCCUUCUCCCAGAAGAGCCGGGACGAGAGUGCUUCGGAGACCUCCACGCCCUCCGAGCACUCUGCAGCCCCUUCCCCGCAGGUGGAGGUGCGCAUGCUGGAGACUCAGCUCAGCAAGCAGGGAGCACCCAUGGGCCACCUGAGGGCCCCCUCAUCAUCGGCGCUGCGAGCCAGGGUGCCUGAGGUGGUCAGCAAAAGUUUUGCUGCUGAGCUGAGGCUUCCCAUCGUGGUGCCGCCCCAGCCCCCAGUUCCCCGGGAGCUGGAGCUGCAGCGGCGUAACACUGGUGACUUUGGAUUCUCUCUGCGUCGCACGACCAUGCUGGACCGGGCCCCUGAUGGGCAAGUGUACAGACGGGUGGUACACUUUGCGGAGCCGGGUGCUGGCACCAAGGACCUGGCAUUGGGGUUGGUGCCGGGGGACCGGCUGGUGGAAAUCAACGGCCGGAAUGUGGAGAACAAAUCUCGAGACGAGAUAGUGGAGAUGAUCCGGCAGUCAGGGGAGACUGUGCGGCUGAAAGUGCAGCCCAUCCUGGAGCUGAGCGAGCUGAGCCGCUGCUGGCUGAGGAGCAGCGAGGGGCUGCGCAGAGCGGCCUUGGAUUCAGAAAAUCCAAAUGCAGGGAAAGACGAUCCACCCGCUUCUCGAAGCCCAGAGCCUCCAGAGUGUCCAGAGAGAGUGAAGAGCCCAGAGCCUCUGCUCAACGGCGAGAACCAGCCGCCCUCCCAGGCACCUGCCCGGAGCAUGAAUGGCCUGCAAGGAUCCAGGGCUGGCUCGCUGGCCCAGCCCGAGCCCCUGGGAGAGGAGAGCCAGGGCCUGUCCAGGAAGAGAGUGGUGAGGGUGGUGCGGAAGGUGGUGCGCAAAGUCCUGCCUGGCGAGGACUCUGGCAGCACCAAGGAGCUGGGGAGGGAUGGGAAGUCUCCUGAGCCAGCUUCCCCAGCCAAGAAGGAAGAGAAGGCGCCACCCAGGAUGAUGUCUUCACCUCCAUUGCCUGCGUCCUCCCUGAAGCCAGAGCCCAAGGAGACUGGCCCCAAGGAUGAGAUCUCGGUGGGUCUGAGAAGCCUGAUGUCCCGAGGCAAAACCAAACAGCACAGGCCUCGCCUUAGGCUGGCGGAGAAGCAGGAGGAGGAGAAACCUCCCGAGCUGAAAACACCCCCAGUGGGGAAGGAACCCGAGAAGCCUGGCUCCCCGUCUCCUGCACAGGAGGAAGGGCCAGUAGCCACCCCAGGCCCCAGAGCAAAGCAAGAGCAGACUGUGCAACCCUCAGGAGCCAAAGUGGAGCCAGUACAAGUUGCACCUCUGAAUGCAGCUGCCCUGGGGCAAGCCAAGGCUGCAGCCGGCCCCGGUUCCCAGCUGACCCCAGUGGAGGAAGCUCACAGAAGGCUGGAGAGGAUCUUCAUGGCUGCUCUGGAGCCUGUGGCCUCCCCGUCAGCACAGAGUCAGGGACAGGCGGACGAUGCCCCAGCAGCCACGUUUGGCCCAGCCUCUGCUGCAUCCCUGCCUCAGGCGAAGACGGAGGAGCAGAUCACUGCUGAGGAGGCCUGGUAUGAGACGGACAAGGUGUGGCUGGUCCACAAGGAUGGCUUCUCCUUGGCGAGCCAGCUGCGAGCAGAUGAAACGAGCCUCCUGCCUGAAGGGAAGGUGAAGGUGAAACUGGACCACGAUGGGGCCGUGCUGGAAGUGGACGAGGAUGACGUGGAGAAGGCAAACCCGCCGUCCUGUGACCGGGUGGAGGACCUGGCCAACCUUGUCUAUCUCAAUGAAUCCAGCGUGCUGCACACGGUGCGCCAGCGCUAUGGCGGUAACCUGAUCCACACCUACGCAGGGCCCACCAUGCUAGUCGUCAACCCGCUCAGCUCCCCCUCCAUGUACUCUGAGAAGGUGAUGCACAUGUUCAAAGGGUGCCGCCGGGAAGACACGUCUCCACACAUCUACGCCGUGGCCCAAGCUGCCUACCGCGACAUGCUGAUGAGCCGCCAGGAUCAGUCAAUCGUCCUGCUGGGGAGCAGCGGCAGUGGCAAGACCACCUGCUGCCAGCACCUGAUCCAGUACCUGGCCACCAUAGCUGGCAGCACAGGGAAGGUCUUCUCCGUGGAGAAGUGGCAGGCGCUCUACACCAUCCUGGAGGCUUUUGGCAACAGCAGCACCAGUAUGAAUGGCAAUGCCACUCGUUUCUCCCAGAUCAUCUCGCUGGACUUCGAUCAGGCUGGCCAGGUGGCUUCAGCCUCCAUACAGACGAUGCUGCUGGAGAAGCUGAGGGUCACCAAGCGGCCGACCAACGAGGCCACCUUCAAUGUCUUCUACUACCUGCUGGCUGGCACGGACAAUGCCCUCAGAACCGAGCUUCACUUCAACCACUUAGCAGAGGCCAGCGUGUUUGGGAUUGUGCCACUAUCCAAGCCAGAAGAAAAGCAGAAGGCAGCCCAGCAAUUCAGCAAGCUCCAGGCUGCCAUGAAGGUGCUGGGCAUCUCCAGCGAUGAGCAGAAGGCGUUCUGGCUUGUCCUGGGGUCCAUCUAUCAUCUGGGGGCCGCAGGAGCCACCAAAGACACCGACAAAGCUGGGAGGAAGCAGUUUGCUCGGCACGAGUGGGCCCAGAAGGCUGCUUACCUGCUGGGCUGCAGCCUGGAGGAGCUGUCUUCAUCUGUCUUCAAGCACCAGCCCAAAGGGAGCCUGCAGCGAUCCACGUCCUUCCGCCAGGGGCCCGAGGAAGCCGGCUUGGGAGAUGGCUCAGGCUCCAAGCUGACUGCUCUGGAGUGCUUGGAAGGCCUGGCCUCCGGCUUGUAUUCAGAGCUCUUCACGCUGCUCAUCUCGCUGCUGAACCGGGCUCUCAAGUCCAGCCAGCACUCCCUGUGCUCCAUGAUGCUUGUGGACACCCCAGGCUUCCAGAACCCCGAGCUGGCAAACCAGAGCCGCGGGGCCAGCUUUGAGGAGCUGUGCCACAACUACGCCCAGGAGCGGCUGCAGAUGCUGUUCCAUGAGCGCACCUUCACUCAAGAGCUGGAGAGAUACAAGGAGGAAAGCAUAGAGCUUGCAUUAGAUGACAUAGAGCCCAGUACCUCUGGCUCUGUAGCCACUGUAGACCAAGCCUCACACCAAGCACUGGUGCGCUCCUUGGCCCGCACGGAUGAGGCCCGUGGGCUCCUGUGGCUGCUUGAGGAGGAGGCUUUGCAGCCUGCGGGGAACGAGGACACACUGCUGGAACGGCUCUUCGCCUACUACGGGCCCCAGGAGGGAGAUAAGAAAGGCCACAGCCCGUUACUCCGAAGCGACAAGCCCCGCCACUUCUUCCUGGGUCACAGCUACGGCACCAACUGGGUGGAGUACGACGCCACAGGCUGGCUGCAUUACGUCCGGCAGAACCCAGCGUCUCAGAAUGCCGUGGCUCUCCUGCAGGACUCUCAGAAGAAAAUCAUCAGCAGCCUGUUUAUGGGCCGGGCGGGUACGGCCAUGGUGCUGUCGGGGUCCAUCGCCGGCUUGGAAGGCGGAUCCCAGCUGGCCCUGCGCAGGGCUACCAGCAUGCGCAAGACUUUCACCACAGGGGUGGCAGCGGUGAAGAAGAAGUCGCUGUGCAUUCAGAUCAAGCUGCAAGUGGAUGCUCUGGUUGACACCAUCAAGAAGUCGAAGAUCCACUUUGUGCACUGCCUCCUGCCUAAAGCAGAGGGCUGGAGCGGGGACCCCAAGGGGCUGGCGGCCCGGCGGAUCAGCAGCAGUGAGCUGGACCUGCACGGGGAGCACUGUGAGGCGGGGCUCAUGCAGCUUGACGUGCCCCUGCUGAGGGCCCAGGUCAGGGGCUCUCGGCUCCUCGACGCUCUGCGCAUGUACCGACAAGGUUACCCGGAUCACAUGGUCUUCUCGGAGUUCCGGCGGCGCUUCGACGUUCUGGCCCCUCACCUGACCAAGAAACACGGGCGGAAUUACAUCGUCACGGACGAGAAACGGGCUGUGGAAGAGCUCCUGGAAUCGCUGGACCUCGAGAAGAGCAGUUCCCACAUGGGCCUGAGCCGGGUGUUUUUCCGGGCAGGGACCCUGGCCAAGCUUGAGGAGCAGCGAGACAAGCAAACGAGCAAGAACAUUGCGCACUUCCAGGCUGCGUGCAGGGGCUUCCUGGCACGCCAGCAGUUCAAGAAGAGAAAGAUCCAGGAGCUGGCUAUCCGCUGCGUGCAGAAGAACAUCCAGAAGAACAAGGGGGUGAAGGACUGGCCCUGGUGGAAGCUCUUCACCACGGUGCGGCCCCUAAUCGAGGUGCAGCUGACAGAGGACCAGAUCCGCGGCAAAGACGAGGAGAUCCAGCAGCUGAAGGGCAGGCUCGAGAAGGUGGAGAGAGAGCGCAACGAGCUGCGGCUGGGCAGCGACCGGCUGGAGAGCAGGGUGGCAGAGCUCACGGCGGAGCUGACGGACGAGCGGCACACAGGCGAGUCGGCCUCCCAGCUGCUGGAUGCGGAGACGGCCGAGCGGCUGCGGGCAGAGAAGGAGAUGAAGGAUUUGCAGAUCAAGUACGAGGCGCUGAAGAAGCAGAUGGAUUCCAUGGAAAUGGAGGUGAUGGAGGCGCGGCUCAUCCGGGCGGCCGAGCUCAAUGGAGACCUCGAUGACGAUGACUCAGGCGGUGAGUGGCGGCUGAAGUACGAGCGAGCCAUCCGCGAGGUAGAUUUCACCAAGAAGCGCAUGCAGCAGGAGUUUGAGGAUAAGCUGGAGUUGGAGCAGCAGAGCAAGAGGCAGCAGGAGAGAAGACUGGCAGAUCUGCAGGCUGAUAACGAGGAGUGCCAGCGUGCCCUGCAGCAGCUGAAGAAGAAGUGUCAGCGCCUGACAGCAGAGCUGCAGGACACCAAGCUGCACCUGGAGGGGCAGCAGGGGCGCAACCAUGAGCUGGAGAAGAAGCAGCGAAGGUUUGACAGCGAGCUCGCUCAGGCUCAUGAAGAAGCCCAGCGAGAGAAGCUGCUGCGGGAGAAGCUGAGUCGGGAGAAGGACAUGCUCAUCGCAGAGGUCUUCAGCCUCAAGCAGCAGCUGGAGGACAAAGACUCUGACAUCAUGAGCUUCACCCAGAAGGUGGAAGCCCUGGAGGCCGAGCUCCAAGAUGUCUCCUCCCAGGAGUCCAAGGACGAGGCCUCCUUGGCCAAGGUGAAGAAGCAGCUGCGGGACCUAGAGGCGAAGGCCAAGGACCAGGAGGAGGAGCUGGAUGAGCAGGCCGGGACCAUACAGCUGCUGGAGCAGGCCAAGCUGCGUCUGGAGAUGGAGAUGGAGCGCCUGCGGCAGACCCACUCCAAGGAGGUGGAAAGCCGCGAUGAGGAGGUGGAGGAGAUCAGGCAGUCAUGCCAGAAGAAGCUGAAGCAGAUGGAAGUGCAGCUGGAGGAGGAGUACGAGGACAAGCAGAAGGUGCUGAGAGAGAAGCGAGAACUGGAGAGCAAGCUGGCUGCGGCUAGCGACCAGGUCAGCCAGCGGGACUUGGAGACGGAGAAGCGGCUACGCAAGGAUCUGAAGAGAACCAAGGCGCUGCUGGCGGAUGCCCAGAUCAUGCUGGAUCACCUGAAGAACAACGCACCCAGCAAGAGGGAAAUCGCUCAGCUCAGAAACCAGCUGGAGGAGUCUGAAUUCACCUGCGCGGCUGCGGUCAAAGCCCGCAAGUCCAUGGAGGUGGAAAUCGAGGAUCUUCACCUGCAGAUCGACGACAUCUCCAAAGCCAAGGCAGCUCUGGAGGAGCAGCUGAGCCGGCUGCAGCGGGAGAAAAACGAGGUGCAGAGCCGCCUGGAGGAGGACCAGGAGGACAUGAACGAGCUGAUGAAGAAGCACAAAGCAUCAGUGGCCCAGGCCUCCCGGGAUCUGGCCCAGAUAAAUGAUCUCCAGUCCCAGCUGGAAGACGCCAACAAAGAGAAGCAGGAGCUGCAGGAGAAGCUGCAAGGGCUGCAGAGCCAGCUGGAGUUCCUCGAACAGUCCAUGGUGGACAAGUCUCUGGUCAGCCGACAGGAAGCCAAGAUCCGGGAGUUGGAGACACGGCUAGAGUUCGAGAGGACCCAAGUCAAACGUCUGGAGAACCUGGCCGGCCGCCUGAAGGAGAACAUGGAGAAGCUGACGGAGGAGCGGGACCAGCGCGCAGCCGCUGAGAACCGGGAGAAGGAGCAGAACAAGCGGCUGCAGCGUCAGCUGCGCGACAGCAAGGAGGAGAUGGGCGAGCUGGCCAAGAAGGAGACUGAGGCCAGCCGCAAGAAGCAUGAGCUGGAAAUGGACCUGGAGAGCCUGGAGGCCGCCAACCAGAGCCUGCAGUCGGACCUGAAGCUGGCAUUCAAGCGGAUCGGGGACCUGCAGGCCGCCAUUGAGGAUGAGAUGGAGAGCGACGACAACGAGGACCUCAUCAACAGUUUGCAGGACGUGGUGACAAAGUAUCAGAAAAGAAAGAAUAAACUUGAGGGGGACUCAGACGUGGACUCGGAGCUGGAGGACCGGGUGGAUGGAGUGAAAUCAUGGCUCUCCAGGAACAAAGGCUCCUCCAAAGCAGUCUCUGAUGAUGGCAGCUGGAAGAGUUCCAGGCCGGCCCUGAACUCGGCCCCCAAGGAGGGGAAGGAAGGUAGAGAGCCCAAGGAGGUCGAGGAGCGCCCGGUCUCUGUCACAAGCUCCCUGAGCUACAGGAAGCGGCUUAACCUGAAGGACUCUAUUGGUGGCCAGGGGGACUCGGAGACACUUUUCUCCACCCUGAGCGAGCGGCCGGCCUCCCCGGAAAGGUCUUUCCGCAAGGCCAAGCGCAGCUCGGCAGCCAGCAGCCAGGAGGAGACCGGCUCUGUCAGCUCAUGGAGGAAGUCCCUGGGCAGCGAGGACCCUGAUGACAGGGGCUCCGUCAUCUCACAAGCCUUCUCAGAGGCCAGCAGCAGAGCCCGAAAGGGGCUGGAGAAGAGGUGGUCUGUCACUUCGGCUGACUUUGAUCAGGCCUCUGCCCUGUCUGCCCCGGCCAGCCGGGCUGCCUCCUCCCGGCACGGGCUGGAGGCUGACGAGGCCGACGCCAGGUCUACACUGAGCUUCACGCUUUCAAGCCCGGGCAGCUUGCGGCGCAGCACAUCCCGGCUCAGCGAGCCGCUGGCUGGCGUCUCCGGCGCCCUCAGCCCCCAGCUGAGCCGCCGGGCAGAGCUGGGGCUGGAGACCUCGACCCUGGGCAGCCGGGUUGACUCCCGGCUCUGCCGGAGCAGGAGCCGGCUGGAGGAGUUGGAUGACGUGUCUAGUGUGGCUUUGAGCGACACCCGCUCCCUGUACAGCCAGCACUCGCUCGGGCGCAGCUUCUCCGUGCCCCCUCGGCCCAGGACCUCCGCCUCCGACAAGAUGCAGCUGGAGGACUCGGACAUCCGGCCCGUCAGCCACUGCUCCUACCUGGACCCUGACCUGGAGGCUGCCAUCAACGAGGUCCUCAACUACAAGCCCAUCAAGUUCAAGCGCUCCAGCUUGGAUCCGGACCCCGACCCGGACUCGGAGGAGGACAAGAGGAGCGUGCGGAGCGCCAGGAGCGCUGCACGACCGGAGAGCUCGGAGCGCUCCUUCAGCAACCUGCGCCGCUCCGCCUCAGCCUUGGACUGCUCCCGGCCGCGCAGCAGCAGGGGCCCGAGGAGCAGCAGCAGCAGCUCCGAAGAGGACUCUUCAGAGGAGAAGCGCAAGAAGAGCGCCAGGAAACACGCCAAGAAGAAGGCCAAGAAGAAGUCCAAGAAGAAGCAACUGCCUUUGGAUUCGGAGUCCUCCUCGGACUCCUCGUCCAGCUCCUACCACAGCAGCUCCAGCGUCAAGAAGGGCCCCAAGAAGAGCCCAGCCUCCGAAGGGGAGGGAGCUACGGAGGGGAGGGACGCGGAGAAAUCAAGCAAGCGCCUGAAGGAGGAGGAGAAGCAGCGAAAGAAGCAGGUGGACAGCCUGAUGAUGAAAUACCUCUACCGGCCCGAGAGCGACUAAGGCACCCCCCAGGCUACCGCCGAGCGUUCGCCUGCGACAAAUCAGAGGAGGAGCGAGCCCCUUUGGAAAGCAUGCCCAGGUCCAGGUACUCCUCCAG